GUCAACUUAGAGCCAACCAUGAAGAAAUUUCAUCUCUUCAGAAUCAACUUAGCAUUAAACAAGAUAAAGAAUUGAAGGAAUUGAAUAAUCAAGUAAAUCAAAUGGAAAUCGAAAUUGAAUCAAAAGACAAAAGAAUUGAAAAAUUGAAACAAGAU